CUGGGCGAGCUCAUGGCCUUCUCCGGCCCCGCCCCCGAGCUGAUCAACGGCCGCCUGGCCAUGCUGGCAUUCAUCGCCGCCCUGGGAGCGGAGCUGUCCAGCGGCGAGGGCGUGCUGCGGCAGUUCGCCGAGGAGCCCACGGGCGUCUUCCUGGCCGCCGUCACCUUCGCCGCCGCGACGCUCAUCCCUCUCAUGUCCUCCACCAAGCGCGAGGCCUUUGGCCCCUUCACCCCUUCAGCCGAGAUGCUCAACGGCCGCGCAGCCAUGCUGGGAUUCUUCGCCCUCAUCGCCACAGAGGCGGUGCGCGGCGGCGCUGCGCUCUUCUGA